AUCAGUCUUGUUUGUUCAGCGUCCCCGACUGGACAUGAUGAUGUUAAAUUGGUAGUGAAGCUGAAAGAAGAAUUUCCUUACCAGUGUUCAAACGACUUGUUCAGAGUCGAUCAGAAAGGUAUCUGAGACAAGACUUUUAAAAGGCACGUAGAUCAGCUAGAUCACUUAUCGCAUACUGGUAAUGGCUGACACUCAAAGACUUGGUGACAAGGUCUUUCCGAAUGGAGAUAUCUAUACUGGUAAUUUUGAGGGAGUACAGCCCAAUGGCAAAGGUAAAUAUACAUGGUCAGACGGAACGAUUUAUGAAGGGGAUUGGGAUGGAGGAAAAAUAUCAGGAAAGGGGAAAAUCAUUUGGUCAUCGGGGGCAAAAUAUGAGGGUGAUUUCUCUGGGGGCUAUCUUCAUGGUAUUGGCACCUUUACUAGAACUGAUGGGUCUGUUUACCAUGGGGCCUGGAGGAUGAACGUUCAGCAUGGGAUUGGCAGAAAGCAGUAUUCUACUUCUGAUACAUAUGAAGGUUCAUGGAAGGAAGGAGUACAUGAAGGCUGUGGCAGCUAUUGUUGGAAAGAUGGAAACACAUAUAUCGGGAAUUGGAAAGGUGGGAAAAUGUGUGGUAGAGGGGUUAUGAAAUGGGUAAAUGGUGAUGUUUUUGAUGGCUCUUGGUUAAAUGGGUUUAGACAUGGGUCUGGAAUAUACAGGUUUGCCAAUGGGGGAUAUUACUUUGGAAAGUGGAAUAGGGACCUAAAAGAUGGAAAUGGUACUUUCUAUCCUACUGGAUGCAAACAUCCAUCUUUGAAGAAGUGUCAUUACUCUCUCGAAUGUGAUGACAGAAAUUUUCUUCCGUCUCACAGUUCAUCAUUGAACUCAGAGGAAGACAGUGUUAAGCGCAGUCUUUCUGAGAAGAUUUUUAGUGAUAGAGCUUUACAAAGUACAGGUCAAAUAUCACAAAGGAGUUCAUUGUUUAAUGAAAAUUCGAGACUCUUUUGUCCUGCUAGGGACCUAAGAUGUCAUGAAUCUUCAGGCACGUCUUCCCAUACCUCUUAUGAAGGUCAGGAUGAGGCACAAGAUAACAGUACUUCAUUUUAUGAAAGGGAAUAUGUGCAAGGAGUUUUAAUCAAAGAGAGAAUUAGGACAUAUGCCGAGUUAUCAGACAAAACAAAACAGCAUAAAAAAUUUAAUGUGAAAGAAGCAACAAGGAUCUCUUGUUUGGAUGUUGUCAAUGGCAAUUGGAGCUAUUAUUUAAUGCUUAAUUUGCAACUUGGUAUAAGGUACACCGUUGGCAAGAUUACACCAGUCCCUAUGCGUGAAGUGCGGUCAUCUGAUUUCAGUGAUCAAGCUAGAAUAUGGAUGUAUUUUCCAAGAAAAGGUUCCCAAUCUACUCCUCCACAUUAUUCUAUUGAUUUCUAUUGGAAAGACUAUUGCCCAAUGGUCUUCAGGAAUUUGAGGGCAAUGUUCAAGUUAGAUGCGGCUGAGUACAUGAUGUCCAUGUGUGGUGAUGAUGGUCUGAGGGAGCUUGCUUCUGCGGGUAAAAGUGGCAGUCUCUUCUAUCUUUCUCACGAUGACAGAUUUGUGAUCAAGACAUUAAAAAUAUCAGAACUGAAGGCUCUACUCAAGAUGCUUCGUUCCUAUUAUUAUCAUGUAGGAGAAUAUGAGAACACUCUGAUAACAAAAUAUUUUGGGCUCUACAGGAUAACAUUAAGAGGUGGAAAAAAGGUACGCUUUGUGGUCAUGGGGAAUAUGUUUUGCACAGAACUACAAAUUCACCGUCGUUAUGAUUUGAAAGGAUCAUAUGAAGGAAGAAUUACAGAUAAAGAUAAAAUUGGUGAGACUACCACAUUGAAAGAUCGUGAUUUGUCAUAUGAAUUUCAUAUGGACAAAUUAUUGCGGGAAUCCCUUUUUAAACAAAUUUCUAUGGACUGUAAGUUCUUAGAAUCACAGCAGAUUAUUGAUUAUAGCCUUCUGUUGGGAUUACACUUCAGAGCUCCUGAUCACCUGAAGCCUCUCACAGAAAAUACCAGUGCAAUUCCCCAUCAUGAGAGUUUCCCUCCUGGUGAUGGAGAAACUUCACGAGGAGAACCCCCGAUUCAUUCAAAGAGUCUGCAACUAGUAAACCAUGAACCCAGCUCUGUCAGCACAGCACCAGGUCCUCACAUCAGAGGAAGUACGUUGAAAGCAUAUUCUUUAGGUGACAAGGAAGUUGAUCUUUUACUGCCCGGUACCGGGAGGUUACGUGUGCAGUUAGGAGUUAACAUGCCAGCAGAGGCUCAUCGCAAGCUUCGGCAGGAUGAGGUCGAUUCCGAAGCUGAACUUUUUGAGGUUUAUGAUGUUGUUCUCUAUUUGGGCAUAAUCGAUCUACUGCAGGAAUACAAUGUGAAAAAGAAGGUGGAGCAUAGAUAUAAAUCGUUGAAAUUUGACCCCCUCAAAAUCUCAGCUGUUGAACCCAAACUGUAUGCUGCCCGUUUUAUCAAUUUCUUGAACUCGGUUUUCCCAGACGUGCCUGCAUGAUCGAGAAAGGAUGAUCUUCAUGACCUCUUUUUUCUUGCCUGCUCACCAUAAUCUCAUAGGAAAUUAAUAUAAAGCUGUGUCCCCUUGCAUGCUAACAUACAAUUCUUUCCCAUCCAUUCAUUGUAGAAGUGUAACAAAUUGCUCAUGAUCAUGUAAUAUCAUAUAUCCACCUAGGUAGAUUAUUAUAUACAUACAGCCGAUCAAUCGAGUAGUACUUUUAACUCGAUAAUUUUUAUUCUAUUCAGUAGUUCUAUAUACUUACUGA